GCGGAGCCGGUCGCACAAGGACCACCUAAUCACUCCGAACCAAAGCGCGAGCAGCAUACAGAGCAUCGCCGCCGCCGCCGGCAACAGCAAGUCAACAAUAGCGAGCCGCACAGAAGGUGAACCGCCCCGCCGUACGUGCACGCGCGCGCGCAUCCAUGGGCAACUGCGCGGUCACGCAGCACGCCGUGACGUCGUGGGCGGACGACGGCGAGUGGGACGUCCCGACGGCCGAGGAGGAGGGGGCAGGAGCGGCUGCCGGGACGAGCGGGAGGAAGCAGGAGCACGCGGCGGCGGAGGUGACCAUCAGGAUUACCCGGAAGCAGCUGCAGGAGCUGAUGGAGAAGAGGGCCGGCGGCCUCCACGGGCUCAAGAGCCGGCGGGCCGCGGCGCAGCUGCUGGCGGACGUCAUGAACGCCGGGCGGGUCUACCACCACUGCAAGGCGGCGCACUGGAAGCCCGCGCUGCAGAGCAUCCCGGAGGCCGUGGAGUCGUGAUGACGCGUGAGCACGGCGCGGUGCUGCUGCCAUGGCGUUUGCCUGGCUGGCUCCUCUUCGCCUCCGGUUGCUUCCUCGUAGUUGCAGGCUAUGUUGGUAGAUCGCAGGCAGCUUCUUGCAUUGGGUGGCUUGCUGUGUCAUUCUUUCAGUUCGGAUGCAGUAUGCGAACGAACGAUGUACAGUACAGUAGUAGGAUUAGUGGUCAUAGACUCGACGAUGUAAAUUGUAAAGGAGACGCCCGUUGUGCCCACACCAAAACUCGAGAAUGAAGUGUGAAUUUCAUGAGCAA